GGAGGACGAGGUUGCGGCGGGCGGAACGGUGUCUCCUUCACUUCGCCCUCCAGCCGCGGAGCUGCUGCCCUAUCCCCGAGCGAACCGCGCCGCCUCAGCUGCGAGCCCAGCGGCGGCAGCAGCCCCCUCCCCCGUCAGAAGACCACCAGAUCACCACUUCCCGCGGCCUCGCCAUGGCGACCUACGGACAGGGCUGCCCGCGGCCAAUGUGUAUCCCUCCGUCCUACGCUGAUCUCGGCAAAGCUGCCAGAGACAUUUUCAACAAAGGAUUUGGUUUUGGGUUGGUGAAGCUGGAUGUGAAGACCAAGUCCUGCAGCGGUGUGGAAUUUUCAACAUCUGGUUCAUCGAAUACAGAUACCGGUAAAGUUACUGGGACCUUGGAGACCAAAUAUAAAUGGUGUGAGUAUGGCCUCACUUUCACAGAAAAAUGGAACACUGAUAACACCCUGGGAACAGAAAUUGCAAUUGAAGACCAGAUUUGUCAAGGCUUGAAACUGACGUUUGAUACUACCUUUUCACCGAACACGGGAAAGAAGAGUGGUAAAAUCAAAUCCUCUUACAAGAGGGAAUGUAUAAACCUUGGUUGUGAUGUCGACUUUGAUUUUGCUGGCCCUGCAAUCCAUGGCUCGGCCGUCUUUGGUUACGAGGGCUGGCUUGCUGGGUACCAAAUGACCUUUGACAGUGCCAAAUCAAAGCUGACGAGAAAUAACUUUGCAGUGGGCUACCGGACUGGGGACUUCCAGCUACACACUAAUGUCAAUGAUGGGACAGAAUUUGGAGGAUCAAUUUAUCAGAAAGUAUGUGAGGAUCUUGACACUUCAGUAAACCUCGCUUGGACAUCAGGUACCAACUGCACUCGCUUUGGCAUCGCAGCUAAGUAUCAGCUGGACCCCACUGCCUCCAUUUCGGCAAAAGUCAACAAUUCUAGUUUAAUUGGAGUGGGCUACACUCAGACUUUGAGGCCUGGAGUGAAGCUCACGCUGUCUGCUCUGGUCGACGGGAAGAGCAUCAAUGCUGGAGGCCACAAACUUGGGCUGGCCCUGGAGUUGGAGGCUUAAUGCAGCUGAAAGGAACCUCUGGGAAUGGAUAGCUCAAGAUUUGGCCUUAAUAUAUUUCCAAUGUGACCAGCAGGCUUUUCUCCCCCCAGGAAGGUGAUCAAAACAAAGGAUGAUCUAAACAAGAGCUGUAUUUGAAAUAUUUAGACAGUUACUUGUUAGCUGGUGUCUAGUUGAAUUGGUUAUCUGUAGUUACCAGCACUGCAGUGGUGCAGUCACCUAUACAUUAUUUAAAUGUAUUUAACUGUUAAAUGCGCUACCCACCAAUAAUGAAAUAGACCUUUAUGAAAACUGUGCAAUUGUGUGCAUGUUUGUUUUUAUGUUCCUUUUAACAUUGAGUAUUGCCAUUGAAUGAGAUGGAUCAGUGGAUGUUUUAAGAUGAGGUUAAAAUUUUUAUGUUAAAUCCACCCAUCAUUAGAAUUACUUUUGGUAUCCAGAACGUUACAAAUUAUGAAUAAAACAAGUGUACAUAAUUAAUGGCUCUAAGUCUUUGCAGAGUUUAGAAUUUGCCAGGUAGGAUCAGAUCUGUCUCCCUGGUAUCUAACACUUUAUUUUUCUGGUGAGCAUUUUGCUCUUUACCAAAAUUUGUGUCACAAAGUCCUGUGUGUCCCUAGAAUAAUUUCAUGAGCUUUUAAAUUAAGAGUAUAAUAAAAUAAGAAAAUACACGCUUUUA